GUGAACGCGCCUUAAGCCGAAUUAGAAAAUCCUGGGUUAACAAAGCUUGCUGAUGUCCUGCUUCAUGAAACCGGUUAUCUUUCCCCCCGUAUCCGUCGCUUAGACAGUCAUUGAUAACCGAUGCGUGCCGCAAUUUACUGUCGCAUCGAUUAAUCUCGGGGUUAUUCCGUCUCACGACAGCGGCUUACGAUUUGAUUAGUAAAUCUAGCAUUGAAACAUCUCGGAUAACUGCGCGCGCCCGCUCCUCUAUAAAGGGGAGAUCAAUCGCACGCCGAAACCCGGAUCACAAUCCAUGAACACAGACAGAGAUUUCGAGAUGAUGAAAAAACAUGAAAGGGCACAUUUUUUCAGCUCUAAAGAGCAGGAACUCAUUUUGAAGUUGUAUGAAGAAGAGAGAGAGAUAUUGACAGCCAAAUCCAACACUACCAGCGCCUCUAAACUGAGAGAGGAGGCCUGGCAGAGAAUUGCUGAUAAAAUAAACGCGGUGUCGGACAGCGGCUACAAAAGGACGUGGCAGCAAGUGAAAGUCAAACAUAAAAAUAUAGUGCAAACAGCAAAAAGAAGGAGGGUCGAGGUGAUGAGGAAUGAAGGGGGGUCGGCAACCCCGUCGCUGACCUCUGCAGAGGAGGAUGUGCUGCAGCACAAAGACAACAGGCUAAGAGUGGAGGUCCUACCUGGGGGUGCCUGUAUUGAGCCACUUACUGGAUCUGACAGCUCUUUUAUUAGUGUCUCAGGCCACCCCGUCCUCCUGCUACCCGUAACAAAGACUGAACCAGAGAGCUUGAGCAGUGAUGAGACCGAUGUCAGCGACACUCAUUUUGAGGGAAACGUGCACAGUAGCAGCUUCCAGGAGAGGGCCAACUCCACAUCUGCUGCAACCGGUGGCAGAAGUGCAGAGAGGCAGACAGAAGACAUAAGAGCCCUUUACUGCUGCUACCUCAAAAAGGAGAUUGAGAACCGUGACCAGCAGAUGGCAUUCAGAGCACUUAAAAUGAGGAAGCUGGAGAAAGAAAUCUUAUUACUUGAUAAGCAGCUUAUGUGACCAUGUGAAAAUUCUUAAUUAAUGUUUAUAUCUUACUUUUAUAGUAUGUUAAAACAACAAUUGAUUACUUUAAGGCCAGACAACUGUUAUAAAUUGCUUCCGUCACGUCAUUUUCCACAUUAACUCAAAUGUUGCCUUUACCUCAGCACACCUGGAGUGGUGUGUGUGGGCUGGGGAGUUAAUGGUGCCGUGUCUCUUGCACGUCUGCCAUUAGGUGGUUCAAGUUUGCAACGAUACAGGUCGGACCCUUUCUUGUUGUUGCAGUAUUGAGCCAUGCAACUCUACACGUGCAACAGUACAUAGGCCUCAUUAUCUACCAGUAUUGGGAUUUCUCUGCUCAAAGGUCAUUUCAGUCCCGUCAUUUGCCCCAAAGCUGGCUUGAGGCCCACUGAAGGUUCAGAGUAGGAGGGUCAUGAAGAGCGGCUUGUAUGUGGAGCCCCUGUGCCCCGGGAGGACUCCACUAUCACAUGAGUUACAGUGCUUUGGCACACUUCUCGUUGUGUUGGCUCUGCAGUCCAGCACACUGGAUUUGAAAUGAAUGAAACAAUGAAUGUCUUUAAUUUGAGAUGAGUCGUGUAGGAACUGUUGCUCUUUUAAACAUAUUCCCGCAGUUUUAGGAGACAAUAAUUGGACAUGUUAAAGUAAAGGUAACUUACUUUGCUAGUCAAAACCACUUUUUGGUUGCCUUGUCAGUAUGAUUUGGACACAGUGUGGCCACCUCCACAUUACUUUGCUGAAACAUUUGUAAUAAGAUGUGAAAUCACUUGAAAUAUUAAGUAAAAACAGUGAAAUUGAUUUCCGCCACAGCAGCAAAGGGGACUUUUAUUCUUUGCAUUACAAACAGCAUUAUUGCUCUGAGGUUACUAGACUACUUGUACAUGUAUGCUGUGGAAGGUUUUAGGUUUCUAUAUAAGUGCUGAGAGAAAAUGUAAUCCAUUCAUAUUCAUUUUUAAAUGUAUUAAUUUUAACGAUCAAGUUUUUAAAAAUGUUUCUCUUUCUGUUCCAUUGUCUGCAAAGAAAGGGGCAAACUCUGUUUUAAAUCUUGGUUUCAUUUUAUUCUCUUUUGAAUUAUUUAAAACCAGCCUUUUGUCAUGUUUAAUCUCAGUUUGUUAUUGCUCCUAAUUGUGCUUAUUUUUAUGUAUAUAUCUAUUUCUUUUUUUUUCAUUCUUGUGUUUUAUUAUUUAUUUUUGUACGCCCCAGAUACAGUAGCCUGCAGAAUAAUUGAUGAAAUGUAAAACAAGAUAAUGUAUCUCAUGGCUCUUGAAAGCAAUAAAAGCUUUUUUCAGUU